AACCUUCUCAGGGAGGUUUAUUUUCGAUCUAAACGGUUUAUAUAAGUUCUUCCAAAUGAAUUAACAUUGAACUCCUCAAUUGCAUUUUGAGAGCUCAUUUCCACCCAUUUUCUUUUUCCCUCCUCAGACAUGGAGUGCAUCAGUCAAAUCAUCAACAUCAUAUCUAGAUGGUGGGAUCCGAUCGCUCGUCCCCUCAUUGAGCUUGAAGACAACUUCAGCUCCCUUAAGGAAGCCAUGGAAGAAUUGAAAUGCGUGAGGAAUGACGUGAAGACAAGGGUGGAAGUCGCAGAGAGGGGGCUUCUCAAAUGCAAGGAAGAGGUUCAAUUAUGGCUAAAAAAGGUAGAAGAAGCGGAAGGAGAAGUGAAUGCAAUGGAAGAAACUUUCAAGCAAAUGAUGAGGUGUCUUUGGAAUUUCCAUCCAAAUUGUUGGUCGGCCUACAAGCUUAGCAAGUGGGCGGAGAAGAAGCUGAAAGAUGUAGCUGUGCUGAAGAGCAAAGGUGAUUCCUUCAAAGAGGUGGCGAACAAGCAGCUUCCCGAUGCUGUUGAAGAGAAGCCUCUUACAUUAGCUGUGGGCAGGGACUUGGUGUUGGAGAAGGUUCUAAACUGGAUUGGCCAAGGCAAAGUGGGAGUUAUUGGAAUAUAUGGAAUGGGGGGUGUGGGGAAAACAACACUUCUGAAUGAUAUCAAUAACCAAUUCCUUAAAAGAAAUGAUGAUUUCUAUGUUGUGAUUUGGGUGGUGGUGUCUAAAGAAUUAAAUGUAGGAAAGAUUCAGAUGGAUAUUGGCAAGCGAUUGGGCUUGUCUUGGCCAGAGAAUGAAAGCAACAACCAGACACGGACUCAUGACAUUCGCAAGAUCUUGAGCAAUAAGAAAUUCAUGCUGUUGUUGGAUGAUAUUUGGGAAUCGUUGGAUCUAGGGAUGGUCGGAAUUCCUCAUCCAAGCAGCCAAAACAUGAGCAAGGUUGUUUUCACUACACGAUUUGAGUACGUCUGUGGCCACAUGACCGCCGACAAGAAGAUUAAAGUAGAAUGUCUUCCUGAGAAAGAAGCAAUGGAUCUAUUUCGACGGAAUGUUGGUGAAGAGACCAUGAAAUACCAUCCAGAGAUACCGAUCCUUGCCAAGAGCGUUGCUAAAGAGUGCAAGGGUCUGCCCCUUGCGCUCAUCACCAUUGGGCGGGCCAUGGCAUGUAAGAAGACACCACAGGAAUGGAAGCAUGCUAUAUCAGUUCUGAGCACAAGCAAGCCACCAUCGGAGAUAUCAGGUAUGAAUGAUAAAAUGCUUUUGCGCUUGAAAUUCAGUUAUGAUAAUCUCGAUGGUGACACAAUUAAAUCGUGUUUCCUAUACUGCGCACUGUUUCCGGAGGACUUCAACAUUAGGAAAGGAAGGCUUAUAGAUUACUGGAUAGGCAAAGGAUUCUUAGAUGGGUGGGAUGAUGAUCUUGAUGAAGCCCAUAACAAGGGACAUGAUAUCAUUGGAAGAUUAAAGGCUGCAUGCUUGUUGGAGAGAGGUUCUGAUGAAAAAACAGAGGUAAAGUUGCAUGACGUGAUUCGUGAUCUGGCCUUAUGGAUAGCUUCAGAGUGCGGGAAGAAGAAGAAUAGGUUUUUGGUGAGAGCAGGCGUGGGACUGACGCAUGCACCGGUGGUUGAGAGCUGGAAGGAGGCCGAGAGGAUAUCUCUAAUGAAUAAUAGAAUAAAAGAAGUAACAGAGACACCUCAAUGCCCCAACCUCUUAACCUUGAUGCUCCAAUCGAAUUUAAAUUUUCGAAAAGUCCGCCCCGAGUUUUUUCAGUUCAUGCCACUUCUUAGGGUCUUGGAUCUGUCACAUUCAUUUUUAAAGGAGCUUCCAGCAGGGCUCUGUAACUUGGCAGAGCUACGAUAUUUCAAUCUAUCAAACACGGAGAUCACAUCAUUGCCUGAAGAGAUUGGAAAUCUGGUAAAGCUGAAGCAUUUGGACUUGGGGUAUAUAUCUACUUUGGGCAUAAUUCCUCGAGGGGUAAUCUCCAGGCUUUCUGAGUUAAGAGUGAUCAAACUAGAAAGGAGUUAUUCAAAGUGGGAAGAAGGGAGUGAGGGAUUAAAUAUGAGUGAGUUGGAAGGCCUCGAACGUUUAAACCAUCUUAAUCUCACCUUAUCAAAUGUGCAUGCUCUUGAAAGGUUGCUCUGCUCUAGCAAGCUACAGAACGUGACUCGGAAUCUAUUUCUGAUGAAUCUGACUAUCUCCAACCAACGAUCAUCCCUUUUAACUGCAAUGAAAAGUCUUCAACGGCUUAAUCUUCGCCACUGCAAUGGGUUGGUGGAGGUGACAAUUAGUGGGUAUGUAAAGGAGGAUGACGAUUAUCCUGUUUCGAGCCUAGAAUGGCUCAGCCUUCGUGAACUCCCCCACUUAAAUUGCAUUCGGGUGGGCCGCGGAUGCUUCAGAAACCUUCACACAAUAAGGAUUUUGUUCUGUUACAAGUUGAAGAAAAUUUAUGGUUUACUACAACUUGGAAAUCUUGAAACAAUUUUUAUAAAAGAUUGCUAUGAGCUAGAAGAAGUAAUAGGUACGGUCAUUCCUGAUGAUGAAGUUGCAGAUAUAGGGCUAAUGCAACUAAAACGUAUGACACUCUUGAACCUUCGAGAACUAACGAGCAUCUGUAGCUAUGCACUGCAUUUUCCUUCCUUGGAGGAAAUCUACGUCUUUAAUUGCCCAAAGUUGAAAAAGCUCCCUCUUUCUCUCCAUAGCGCACACAAUUCUCUAAGGAAGAUACGUGAAGCAGAGUUCCGCAAGGAAUCUGCCGCGAAGGAUUUCGCAAUCCGGCCAGGCCUCUCCUGCACAGCCCCUGGCACCUAUAAAGAGAGAGAAGAAAGAGAAAAAAAGAGGGCUGGAAGCUGGAACGUGAGAGGAAGAGCAGAGAAACGCUGCUUGGCAGGGGUUGGCUUUGAAGGAAGGAAGAAAAGGAAGAAACGUGAAGGUGCGGGAGAGAGUACAGAGAGGUUGGCUGCUGGCAGCGUCGCUUGGGCUGGACCUGGACCUGAAGCAGAGUUCCGCAAGGAAUCUGCCGCGAAGGAUUUCGCAAUCCGGCCAGGCCUCUCCUGCACAGCCCCUGGCACCUAUAAAGAGAGAGAAGAAAGAGAAAAAAGGAGGGCUGGAAGCUGGAACGUGAGAGGAAGAGCAGAGAAACCAUGGGUGGCGGUCUUGGCUUUGAAGAAAGAAGAGAUCAGCACGUGA